AUGGAUAUUGGGUUUUCAUCAUAUCACAAUGGUGGUCCUGCUAGAGAACAAGAUUUUGGCAGGCUGUCUCAAAGCAUUGGCACAUCAAUUUUAAAGAUAUCUCAAAAUGUAUCUUCCAUGCAAAAAAUGGUCAACCAAUUGGGUAGUUCUACAGAUUCUCAAGAACUACGAAAUCAGUUGCAUCAAAUACAACAUUAUACACAACAGCUAGCCAAAGAUACUAGUGUACAUCUUCGAGACUUAGCUAUAUUGGCUAAUAAUGCAGGCUCUACUAGUCCAGGAGAACAGAGACAGCGUAAAAUGCAAAGAGAACGUCUUCAAGAUGAAUUUACAAGUGCAUUGAACUCUUUCCAAGCAGUGCAAAGGCUUGCAGCCUCUAAAGAGAAAGAAAUGGUUAGGAAAGCCAAAGCAAGUGCAGGUAUUGCUCCAUUUGGAGAAAAGAAACAAGAAACAUUAAUAGAAUUACAAGAUAGCAGAACUCAGAAACAAAUACAGCAACAGCAAUUAAAGGAGGAACAAAAUUUGCGGAUGUUGGAGGAACAAGAAGCAAGUAUAAGGCAGCUGGAGAAUAAUAUCAGUGAUAUCAAUCAGAUAUUCAAAGAUCUUGGUGCUUUGGUGCAUGAGCAAGGAGAGGUCAUUGAUUCCAUAGAAGCUUCUGUUGAAAGGACAGAAGUAAAUGUCAGUGAAGCUAAUUCACAUGUAAGGCAAGCGAGUAUGUAUAAAAAUAAACUACGCAAGAAAAAAUGCAUACUUCUUGUUAUUGGAACGGUCGUACUAUCUAUAUUGAUCGCGAUUAUAGUUUGGGAAAGCUCCUAAAAUGUUUCAUGUUCUGAAUGAUGCUUUCAUACAAAUAGUAUGACAGUAAAGAUGUAGCUAAAUCUUAAUUGCAAGGUACCAUACUUGGUUGGUGUACUUUCUGAAAAUCGCUUUAUAAGUAUGUGAGGCACAUAGUACUAUCAAAGGAAACGAACGCAAUGGAAAAAACUUGCAUCGUACUGUAUCGUAUUAUUAAUAACAUUCUUAUAAUUGUGAUAAUAAAUGGUGCAAGAUCUAUUUUACAAAUAAGAUGUGCAAAGACU